AUGAAAAUACGUGAAGAUCCUCAUAUGGUGGGUCUCGUGACAGAAAGAUUUGCAAGUACAGAGCGGUUCAAGGUUUUGCAAGAAGAUUUCGUCAAAUGUCACAUCCACUCUCAUAUGUUGUCAUUGUUUGAGAAUAGACAGUCGUCAAAUGCAAAUUCGGCUUAUGCUAAGGUUGUCGCCAAUAUACCUUUUAAUAUAAGUACUGAUGUCGUCAAGCAACUUCUUCCAAUGGGUGACAUUUUUUCUGAAGUUGUUCUCUUACUUCAGGAGGAGACAGCCAUGCGCUUGGUGAAACCAUCCUUGCGGACAUCUGAGUACAGACCCAUCAAUAUCUUUGUCAAUUUUUAUUCAGAUAAAGGAGAUCUUCAUAUUCCAGAGAAAGAUUGA